AUGGCUGUUCAGGGACUGGACCAGACGAUCCUUCGGGAUCCAGCUCUUUUUUACUGGAUCUUGAUUCCUAUUACGAUUGUCAUGAUACUGACUGGUAUCCUCCGCCAUUAUGCAACCGUACUGAUGAACUCUCCCCCGAAACCCGCCCAAACACUUCUCGACUCCCGCGAACGCUUAUCCUUAAUCCGCGGCGUGAAUCUGCGCAACAACGCAUCCGCCGUGCUUACCCCCGAAGGCUUCGAAGCGCGCAAGGAGUAUCUAGUCAACGCAUACCAGACCGGCGCGUUUUUGAAAGACCCAGAGAGCCGUGGCCAGCCGCCCGCAAACCCCAUGUCUGACCCCGCCGCGAUGGAGGGUAUGAUGGGGAUGAUGAAGGGGAAUAUGAUGAUGAUGAUCCCGCAAACAUUGAUUAUGAGCUGGAUAAAUGCGUUUUUCUCUGGCUUCGUUAUAUUGAAAUUGCCUUUCCCCCUUACUAUUCGAUUCAAGUCAAUGCUCCAGUCUGGUGUUGCGACCCGCGAUCUUGAUGUUAGAUGGGUAUCUAGCUUGUCGUGGUAUUUCCUGAACUUGUUUGGUCUUCAGUCAAUCUUUGGGUUUAUACUCGGUGCAGACAAUUCUGCCAACCAAAUGGCUCAACAGAUGGCAAUGUCUAAUCCAGCAGCCGGUGCCAAUCCCUUCCAGCCAGGAGCCGACCCUGACAAGAUGUUCAAAAGCGAGGCUGAGAAUUUGGAAGUUAUGGAGUACUUUAGCGUUCUCGAUGGCAUAGAGGAGAGAGUUUUGCAUAACUGGAGCUCAUAG